UCUCCUUCUCCCAUACCUCACACAACUCAUCUUAGGCCUCAGCCUCCUGCUAUCUUAACCUUCUCCACCUUUCUUUGCCUUCUGCUUCGAGGCGCGCACAUACGUAUAUGUUAGCAUGGCUCAUUCACGUGCCAUGCUCGCGCUGACUUUGGUGCUGGCCCUGAUUUCAUGUUCAGUAGCUCAAAGUCCAUCAGCAGCACCAACAAUGCCACCGAGCUCAAGCACCACACCCUCUACUGGUGGUACUCCCCCUACAGCAUCCACCCCAGCACCCCACACCAUGACACCUCCCCCAGCUAUGAUUCCAACUUCCUCACCCCCGCGCGCGGCCACGUCCAGUCCUCCUUCCGUGACUCCAACAAGCCCAAUGGCUCCUAGCCCAUCAUCAACUCCAAUGGCCCCGAGCCCGUCAUCUACCCCUAUGGCACCAAGCCCAUCAAUAAGCUCUCCACCUUCACCUUCCGCAGCUUCUCCUCCUGGACCUCCGGGAGCCGGUAGUCCACCAGCAUCAGGACCUUCUCCCUCCACUGCUACGCCUCCUUCCGUUACGUCUUCGCCAAGCUUUGCUGCUUCCACACGUGAAUACAGCAUGUCCUUGUUAGCAUUGCUCGGAGGAGUUGCACUCUUUGUUUAGGACACAGAUUUUUUCCAAAAUUUUUAAUCUUUUUUCUUUUGUUUAUUUUAUGUAGAUCAAGUUGUUUACUGUGUAUUCUUUUUUCUUUUUUGGUUAUAUUCUCUCUCUGGUUGAUUCUUGGAGCUGCAUUUGUGAUUUGCGAGGUGCCUUUAUUUUUGAAGAUUUACAUUGAAUGUUACAGCUCUUUUGUAGCAUUUUGACUUAGCCAAAUAAAGAGAGACUUUGUGAUUCUUGUUUUGUGUUA